UCUCCGCCCUUCCUCGCCCGGGCGCCGGCCGCGUCGGUCCCCCGCCUCCUCGGCCCUCCGCGCUGACUCUCUCCCUCCUUCCUUCAGAGGAUGUCCUCCUUCCAGCUCAACCUGAGCCCGCUCAAGGAGCCGCUCGGCUUCAUCAAGGUCCUGGAGUGGAUUGCUUCUAUCUUUGCUUUCGCCACCUGUGGAGGUUUUAAGGGCAAAACGGAAAUUCAAGUGUCUUGUCCUAAAAAUCCUGAAAAUAGAACUAUUACAGCCGCUUUUGGUUAUCCAUUCAGGUUGAAUCAGGCGGCGUUCCAGGCCCCCCCGGGGGUGAAUGUGUGUGAUGUGGAGUGGAGAGACCACGUGCUCAUCGGGGACUACUCCUCCUCGGCGCAGUUCUACGUCACCUUCGCCGUCUUCGUCUUCCUCUACUGCAUGGCCGCGCUCCUGCUCUACCUCGGCUACACGAGCCUGUAUCGCGACAGCCGGAAGCUCACCAUGACGGACUUUGUCGUUACUCUUGUUGCCACUUUUUUGUGGUUGGUGAGCACUUCAGCCUGGGCGAAAGCUCUUACAGAUAUUAAAAUAGCUACCGGUCCCAAUAUUGUCCGAGAACUUGGACCUUGUAAUCAAAGAGUGACGUGUCAUUUUGGCUCUGUGACUAGUAUGGGAUCCCUAAAUGUAUCUGUGAUCUUCGGCUUUCUGAAUAUGAUACUUUGGGGAGGAAAUGCGUGGUUUGUGUACAAGGAGACCAGCUUACACAGUCCAUCAAAUACUUCUGCUUCCCAUGGCCAAGGAGGUGUUCCCCCUCCUUCCGGGAUCUAAUGAAAGGGAAAAGUACACUGUAUGAAAUACGGGGCUCUACUAUGACCUGUUGCCAACAUCUUGAGAAGCAUUAUUGGUUUCUAAUAAAAGUAAUGGCCUUUUCAAUAAAUUGGUGGGUUUAAAAUUUUGCUGCUUUUUUACAUAAAACCUGUGCCUUUCCUAGAGAUUUAAGAUGUAAAUGUAUUCCCACGUGUAAAUUUGAAAAUUCAGGGGCCUAUUAUGAGAUAAUACACAUUUUUAAAUGAACAGAAAUUUCUUCACUAAGUUGUUUGCCUUCCAAAGUGUUUACUCCUUAAGCCGUAACAUAUAUGUUGUCUCAGAAGAGUUCUGUUGUCACGUCAUAAUAGGAAGAAGAUCUCUACUUAGAAUAUACACUACUGAAGUUUGUAUAUAGCUCAUAGACCUAAGACCUGUCUUUGUUUAAGAACUCCUUGAUUACAUAAAUCAUAGUUCAGAAUUCAUAUCUGAACAUUGUUUAUAUGUUAUGAAAAAUUUUUAAUCACAAAGACUGGGAGUAUGUUUUAUUUCUGUUUUUCUAAAUGAACUACAGUACUUCAUAGGUGUACUAAGAUUGUUUUGGGAGUGGGGUUUGGAAAUUUCUAAUAGACGUAUGGUUUUAAUUUAGUAAUUCUGUUGCAUGAGGUGUAAGCAUCCAUUAUGCUGGUUGUUCAGUAGACUUGCUGUCUGAGUAGAAAGCACAUGGUUCAACUAGAAGUUUGACAUGUGUGGGCAUGGCUCUUUAGUGGUGUGUGUUUGCUGUCCUUUCUUGCUUAUGCUAUUUAAGUGUAGGCUGAGACCUAGUCUCCUUGCAAGUGGAGUGAAGUAAUCCACCCUUUUUGCAGACCCUAUUCAUGGGGUUAAAACAAAAUUAAGAUUGCCUUUUACUUUUGAAACACUUAACAUUUAGAUUCAAUGAAGUUGCUAUUUUGAGUUUAGCAUUGAUAUUGUGGAAAUAAAUGUGAUGUGGAUUUCGUGUUUCUUAAUGUUUAUUCUGGGUGAUUAGGAAUUAUGCAUCGUAAACAGGAACCUAAGGAGUUGUAUUAUGGGCGCACUGUCUUUGUACACACAUCUGGCUGUGUUCUGAAUACAGGGCUUCUUCACAUUUUACUUAUAUGUGAAGUGCAUCUUGUUAUUACCUUAAUUUUGUUGCUUUUGUUCAUGACAAGAAUUGUCAAUAUGAGAAUGUAUAUCUUUUAUGCAACCAAGUUAAUAAAGAAGUUAAAAGAAAAA